UAGUGCAUGAGACCCAGGGAAGGAACUGUCGACUGGGUUUUCACUGGGCAAACUGAAAGGCAAAAAGGAAACAGCAUAAACAGUUAACACUGAACUAGUUUUUAAUAUCUGUUUAAAUGCUCUGUAAUUUAGCAAGACAGGUUAAGAUGACUGGGUAACAUUCGCUGCAGCAUUGUCCAUGUAACAGAAAAGUGCAUGUAGGAAAUACUGAUAAUAUUGGAGUAAUAAAACUGUAUGGGAGCCAUGCCCCAGGAUUCAAAUCCAGCCAGUGAUGACUUGAUUGCAUCAGAAUGGGAUCUUCCAGAAAAACAAUGCCUGGUCCUGUAUAAAGCUCAGCUACCUUGGUCAGUUCCUCUAAUGCCUCUGAAGACUUUGGUUCUGUUGCUGCAUUCCUUGCCAGUGCUGUCCUUCUGCUCUGGCUGUAGGAUGUCUCCUAAGAAUAAGGUGCAAGUGCAAAGCCUCCCAGCUGAGCAGAGAACUGAGAAUAAGAAUCCACAGAGUAACCCAUCCCCACCGGAGCAAACAUCCCUUCCAGGUGUCAUCUUGAAACCCACACUGGCCUCCUGGGAUGCAGCUGUCUGGACGCUGGGCCAGGAGCUGCAGCAAGCGGGGAGAGAGAAUCAGAGUCUUGGUGAGCAUCUUGAGGACUUGACAAAGAGAGUGUCCAUGAUGGAAUCCAGGCUGGCUGCUCUUGAGCGAACCCCACUCCCAGCUGUUGCUGGCCACCCCCCAGGCACUCUCCUGAUUCCCAAGGUAGAGGAGAUCCAGAUACCCCUGGCAGAGAUGGAUGAAAUGAGGGCAAUGGAUUGUGGGAGAACUGGAACCAAUUUGCCAGCUGGACACCCUGAGGCUGUGGAAUCAGGAGAGGUUCCAUCUACCCCUGAGGGACAGUCCCCGCCCCAUAACCCUCCUGCAGCAGCCAGCUUACCCAACAGCUCCCUCCUGCGCAUCUCCCCCGAGGAGGACAGGAGACUGUUUGAGGAGGCCAAGGGCAACAUUGCCAAGUAUGCCCUGGCAGUGUUCAGACACAUGAUGCCUCGGGAUUAUUACCAGCAGUGGCGGGGAAAGGCCAAUGUGUCCGGCACGCACCAGAAAGCUGCCCUGUCACCCAAUCUGGUAAAUGCAGCGUUCAAAGCGGCAAAGAGAUGGAAGCCAAAGCUGGCAGGCAAAGACUAUAGUAACAUCAAAAUCCAGAUCAACAACUUCAUGCGAUCCCGGAAGAGCAGAAGCCUGGUUGUGUCUACAGGACAGAUGUAACAGCUCCCCCCCAGUACCCGGGCUUUGGAUCCUUCCUAUAGAAGAGUUAAGAAAAUCCUGGGAAACCUAUCACCGCUGGGAAUCUCUCCAUGGCUCCAAGGGGAGCUGUGCCUGAGUUAUGACUGCAGGAUCAGGCACUCAGUGUUGUGCAGAUCUCAUGAGUUUGCUCUUUGGCAGGUCACAAUUUUAUCCCAAUUACAACAUGAAGGGGACAAGCAGUGCUGAGAAAAGAUAUUUACCACAUGUUGGUGAGACCUUCACUCUGCAUGGUGAUGAGCACAGUAUGGGUGCCUUAAAUAGAUUAGAUAGCUGAAGGGGUUUUUGCACAUUUAAUGGGGUGUAAGAAUGAUGUUUUAAAAAAAAUCUCCUAGUAUUGUUACUGAUGUGUGUAGAGAAAUGGAAUCAUAGUGUGGCAACAAGCACACAAGAAAUUAUCCUAAGAAGAACAAGCCCUAAAGACAUCAAAAUUAGUCAAACGAAUGUGUGCAGAGCAACUGCAGUUCAGCUCACUGUGUCACUGUCUUAUUCCUGCUGGUUUGCUGCUUUAUGAUAAAUGUCUUAUCGGGGCGCUGGAACAAUUUGUGUAGCGGGCUUGGUGCUGAGAGCCACUGAACUACACUGUAAACCCUGUAUAUAAUAGAAUCACCUUCAAGCCAGAGGUGGGGCAGCACCCCUAGUUCCAGUACCUAGUCAUCUUAUGGAAACUGUUCUUGUUUAAUAAAGUUCUGUCAAACUGCUCUCCAGCAUUCAGAAAUGCUUUAAGAUUUGUUACUUGGCAUCCCUCUAGCUCCAAGGAUCCUAACGUAUGUGUGUACAGGGUGUUUUUUUUUUUUUUUUUUAAACCAGUAUGUAAUUUUAAGAAAAGUAACGGCUCACUUGUUUGGAGGAAAAUAAUAUUUUGUCAUCGGUGCAUCACUGAAAUGAAUUCCCUUGAAUUGUAUGAAAGCUUGUCAUUGUGGUGCAUAGCUCUAAUAAAAUACCUUCUCCAAUUUUUGUGGGAAAAUUUUGGGAACCCCUGUUAAUCCUGAGAUGUUUAAUCCCCCCCCCAACCUCCAGCCCAGAGGAUGUCAAUAUCAUCCCCAUUUCACACUGCAAAAACCUUUCAAAUGAAUGAAAGCCCAGUGGAAAAAGUUCAGUAGCAGCCUGGAUAUUGCCACCAAAGCAAACAGCUGUGAAAAAAUUGUUGAUGAGGCUGCCCCAGCUGCUCCGAGAUUUGACAGUUAACACCCCAUUGAGAUGAAUUGGGCAGUUGACACCUCUGCUAGAAGUUGAUCUAAAGCCCUCUGAAGUUCAUAACAAG